AAUUCAUCCAUAAUAAUAGAGAGAUUGUGCAGCUUAAAGUCAGACAGCUUUUCAUACAUGGAACAACAAACUUAACUUUAAAGACUAUGAACUAUAAAGAUAUUUUUAAUUUGGUAAUUAUAUUGGGAGAUGCGGAAAAGAUAUAAAACUUUUUACUUCAUUUCCUGUUGCUCCAAGGGUUAAGGAGACAGAAAUGUACUUUUACAUUUAGCCUCUUUUUGAUAUUUUCUAUGCGAGUUUUAAAUCCAAAAUAAAAGAAAUAACAAAUUCUCAUGUUUUUGCCUGUUUCACAAUGAGCAAUAAAAAAUUACGGUAGAGCUUGGACCGCGGUGGUAAGGCUCUUUGCGCAUGCGCGUUUAUAACAGUUAGUACGGUAACUGGCCUACGUCUCAGGAAGUGAAUUCAGAGAUUCUGCAAGGGAGAGAGCUGUCAACUGCUACAUCUGACUCUCUGUUUUGUUGUUUAAGUAAAGAAAAUCCUUGUUGUUGUUGUCCAAAUUGAUCAUCAAAGUAAUAGGAUGAUGUUUUCUCCGCGGGUCCUGAAAUCUGCUUCGUCCUUGAUGUGCAGGGGUUUUUCAAUGGGUCAGAUGUCAAGACAAGGGAAGGCUCCUGACAUGUCUGAAGGAAAUACACAUUUGCUUGUGAGCAAUGUUCGCAACAGGCUGAGGGAGAUUGUUGGAGCAUCCACCAACUGGAAAGAUCAUCAGCAAGCAUUGGCUGAGCGUGCAUCACUAAGUCAGUAUCUUGCUCAGAGUCAGGAGGAGCUUCCUGCAAAGACAAUGAAGGACAGUGAAAUUGAGGCUCACCUCCCUCUAGGUACCCGGCCUGAAUUAAGAGAGAAGUACCUCAACUUUCACAACAGUGUCAGGUUUGGCCGGAUUCUGGAAGACUUGGAUAGUUUAGCAGUGCUAAUUUGUUACUCACACACAUGGGAUAAAGAGCUGAAGAAGUCACCACUGUCUAUUGUCACCGCCCUAGUGGACAAGAUUGAUAUGAGAAAACACAUCAUCUACCCAGACUGUGACAUCAAGUUCAAAGGUCACGUGACAUGGGUUGGCAAAACCUCAAUAGAAGCUAAAAUGCGCAUGUCUCAGUACCACGAUGGAGCAUACAGCGAUGUAUUAGAUGCCACGUUUGUAAUGGUUGCCAGAGAUCCAGAAAACAAAAGGGCAGCUUUCAUCAACCCUCUUAAACCAGAGGGGCCAGAGGAAGAGGCCAUUUUUCAACAGGGGGAGAUUAACAAGGCGAGACGGGUGGAGCUGAGCACAGCCUCGCUUCUUAAAGUGGCUCCCACAGCUGAGGAGCGAACCCUUGUUCACGACCUCUUCCUUAACACUUUGGACACCAGAACUGUGAGUUUUCGGAGUCGGAUUUUACCGCCCAAUUCUGUAUGGAUGGAAGAUGCUAAAAUGAAAGGAUUGGAGAUUUGCCAUCCACAGGAAAGAAACAUUUUUAAUCGGAUAUUUGGAGGUUUUCUGAUGAGAAAAGCUUAUGAACUAGGUUGGGCCAAUGCCUGCGCAUUUGCUGGCUGCAGACCAUCCCUGGUUGCUGUAGAUGACAUUGUUUUUCGGAAACCAGUGGAAAUAGGUUCCUUGCUAUUGCUUUCCUCUCAGGUUUGUUACACAGAAGGGACGCACAUUCAAGUCAGGGUUCACACAGAGGUACUCGACCCUUUGACCCGGCAACACAGCACCACCAACGUGUUUCACUUCACUUUACGUGUUGAGAAGGACGUCCCAGCUGUUGUACCACAGAGCUAUGGAGAGUCUAUGCUUUACCUGGAUGGAAAGAGGCACUUUGAUGAGACUGUAAAGAACCAAAGCUAAGCAUUCUGGGAUGUAUGUUCCUGCCAAAGCAACUGCUAUUACUAUAGUUUUGAGUGUGUGCAUCAUAUAUGAGGAUAAUGUUUUAUUUGAACAGUUUGUUAGUUUUAUUUUCAUAUAGUGGUUUACCGAUAUUAUGUUGUUGUUUGGCCAAUGGCGAUACCGAUUUUGAGAAUGCAAUGUUGUUAAUUGGGAGAUGUGAGGCUGAUAUAACACCUUAUCUUUUCAAGUAUUUAAAAAAUUUUUUACAAGACAUAUGUACUGUUUGAAUAAGACUUUACUGUGUAACACAACAGAACAUGUUUAAAAAUGAAAUCAGACUUUGUUUUUACAUCUUUUCAUUAUCGGGCGAUUGAAAAGAUUUGUCAGCCAAUGCCAAUAAUUGCAAAAACAAUCCAAAUAUCGACCUAUAUAUCGGUAAUAUAUCUGUGUAUCACUAUUUUCAUAAUAUGUUACAUUGCCUUCUACAGUUAUAUAUUUUACUAUGCACCUACCCGUUUUAUUGCAAUUUUACAGUUUACAGUGGGAGAGACACUUUAGGAGAAGAGUGUUGUUUGUUAAAGGGUUAAGGUUAAAGGUGCAGUGUGUAAUUUUUAAAAGGAUCUCUUGGCAGAAAUGCAAAAUAAUAUACAAAAGUAUAUUAUCAGUGGUGUAUAAAGACCUUUUUAUAAUGAACCGUUAUGUGUUUAUUACCUUAGAAUGAGAUGAUUUUAUCUACAUACACCGAGGGUCCCCUUACGUGGAAGACGCCAUUUUGUACCACCAUGUUUCUACAGAAGCCCUUAACGGUCAAACUUUUUUUACUAAGUUGUCUCGGUCGAUAACAUGUUUUUCCGGUGGCAGCUAUCGUAGCUUCUCUAUGCAUUUAAAAAAUGAGGGGUGAGCAGUGGACUGAGUUGUUGGUUGCUAUUCACAACCUCACCUCUAGAUGCCGCUAAAAUUUACACACUGCACCUUUAAUGUAUAGGAUAGGGAUUUUUUUCCCUACCUGUCGUGAGUAGUGAUACUUCAAUACAUUUUAUGAGUAUUAUUAUAAAUAUUAUAAGUUUAUAAUAAAAAAAAAUGAUUUUCUGCUUUAUUGAGUAGGGACUUUAUAGAUAUCAGGAGAAAUUUAUGCUGCAGUUAAGUCUGUAUAUGAUUAAGAAUGACAAAUUUGCAAACAUUUUACUACAUUUUAGUCCAAAGCUCUUUUUAUUAGCCUCAUUACAGUUGUGUUACUGACAAACCGAGGUCCUGUCAUUUUCCAUUUCCUUCAUGUAAGUUUGAAAAUGAUGACUUGAAGUCUUAAAAUGAACUGUAUGAGGUUAACAUCACGAAUGUCCAGAUUGAUAUGAUCUGUGCCUGUUUCCGUUUCUUCACUACCUGUGCCAGAAUAACAAAAACCUGACCAAUGAAUUCAUGUCUUUUAAAUGUUUUUGUGCACAAAAUUUAUUUAUCAGCUUAAAUUUAAAUAUAUAUACUUUUGUAAUACUUUGUCUUUGCAGUUAUAUGUUGUUUAAUUCUUGGUCAUUUCAUACAGUACACCAAAAAUAAAUUUGUUUAUCCACAUA